AUGAAUUCUGUUAAUGAUUCCAUGUAUUCUGGCGAUACCAAUUCAUUACAUGUUAAUAGUCUGUAUGAAAAUAAUCCUGAUAAGAGUGUAAAAAACAUUAAUGCAGUAAAUGACUAUAUAACAAGCAGCAAUGCAAUGAGUGAAGAAGCUGAAACUGCAGCUGGCAAUGAUGAACUAAUACCGAAUAGUUCAUCAAACCAUAUUCAUAGUCAAUACAAGCAUCGUCAUCAGUACAAGCAGUAUCAUCAGUAUAAUCCGCAUAACCAGCACAAGCAGCAUCAUCAGUACAAGAAGCUUCAUCCGUACAAGCAGUAUCACCAAGAGAAAGAGCUUCCGAAAUACCAGCCGCUCCCCCAAUACCAACAUUCUACACAGUACCAGGGGAGUAAACCCCAUAGCCAAUCGCAGCUGCACGAUGGAGGGAAAAAAAGAAGAGAAAAAGGAAAAGUGGAAAGAAACAAAUAUGACAAGAUAGAGGAGCUAGAGAAGUAUAUAAACAUUAAUAACGCAACGAAUGUGUGCUCUUUAAGAAUAAAACUGUGGGAAGCGUUAAUGCUAUAUGUAAAUAAUUUAAAAAUAGAAUUAGUGUAUUUUAUAAUAUACUGUUUGGAGGAGAUAGAAGUAUAUUGGGGAGAGGAAGCAACAGAUAAUCUAAGGGAUAUUAUAAAUUUAAUUAAUGACAAGAAAUAUAAAGAGGUUUUAAAUAAAAUAGGGGAAACCUUAUCAAGUUUAUCUGUAACUACUGGAAAGACAACUGAGGAGAAUCCUUUUUUUUAUACAUUAAUAGUUUCAGGAAGGAGAGAUGAAAAUAAUAAUAACAAUAAUAAUAAUAGUAAUAAUAAUUAUAAUUAUAAUAAUAACAAUUCUGACUUAGGUUGUGAGUUAAAUAAAAUAUUACAUUAUGAGCAUAAUAGGUUAUCAAAUCAAAGUAAUAAUAAGAAACUGGAAUAUAAAAUAAUUGAGGCGAGUAAUGCUAAAGAAGCAUUGCUGGCUUGUUUAAUUAAUCCACAAAUUCUGUCAGUAGUAUUAGUAGACAACUUAACUAUUGAUGAAGAAAAGGUAAAGGAAAGAGACUACUAUAAAUUUAAUGAAGAUAAUAUGUUGAAUGCAAAUUGUGCAAACAGUUCAUAUCUCCUUAACUGUAAUUUGCAAAAUAAUACACAGAUGGUAAUGAAAAACCCGCUAAAUCACAAUGGUAUGAUGCAUAGUGGGGGUGUGACAACAGUACAGAAUAGUAAGGAUGUACUACUAAUAGGAAAUAGUAUGCUACCUGAAUACCUAAAUAAUAACAAUGUUAAUAUAAAUGAAAAUAGUAAUGUAAGAAGUUUGAGAAGCUUAUAUAUAAAAAGGAAUUACAAAUUUGAUAUUGGAGAUUUUGUGAUAGGAUAUGAACAACUUGUAUCUGCACCACUAGAAAAAAUGAAAAAGGGUUUUAACAUUUUAGUUAUAUUAAUUAAAAGUAUAGCAUAUAUUAGAAGCUCUGUUGACAUAUUUUGUGUAUGUACAUCUAUAACUUUGGAUAAAUUACAUUCAGUAAAUAAUAAAAUAAUCCGUAUUUUCACAACACAUGAUGAUCAUAGUGAUUUGCAUGAAUCUAUAUUAGAUGGGGUAAAAAAAAAAAUUAAGACUCCAUUUUUUAAUGCUUUAAAAGCAUAUGCAGAAAGACCGAUUGGUGUAUUCCACGCAUUGGCUAUUAGUAAAGGAAAUAGUGUAAGAAGAAGUAGAUGGAUUCAAUCUUUGUUAGAUUUUUAUGGUGUUAAUUUAUUUAAAGCAGAGUCUAGUGCAACGUGUGGUGGAUUAGAUUCUCUAUUAGAUCCACAUGGAUCAUUAAAAGAAGCACAGAUAAUGGCAGCACGUGCAUAUGGUAGUAAAUACUGUUUUUUUGUUACAAAUGGUACAUCUAGUUCUAAUAAGAUAGUUAUGCAAGCUUUAGUAAAACCAGGUGAUAUAAUACUAGUUGAUAGGGCUUGUCAUAAAUCACAUCACUAUGGAUUUGUGUUGAGUCAAGCACUACCCUGCUAUUUAGAUCCAUAUCCUGUAUCUAGAUAUGGUAUAUAUGGUGCUGUUCCUAUAUAUGUAAUUAAAAAGAGUUUAUUAGAUUAUCGAAAUAGUAAUAAAUUGCAUUUAGUAAAAUUAUUAAUAUUAACAAAUUGUACAUUCGAUGGAAUUGUAUAUAAUGUGAAGAGAAUUAUUGAAGAAUGCUUGGCUAUUAAACCAGAUUUAAUAUUCCUAUUUGAUGAGGCAUGGUUUGCCUAUGCAUGUUUUCACCCCAUCUUAAAAUUUAGGACUGCUAUGACUGUUGCAGAAAAAAUGAGAAGCAAAGAACAGAAAAGAAUAUAUUACAAAGUACAUAAGAAGUUAUUAAAAAAAUUCGGAAAUGUAAAAAGUUUAAACCAAGUAUCUGCAGAUAAGUUAUUGAAGACUAGAUUAUAUCCUAAUCCAUCUGAGUAUAAAAUAAGAGUAUAUGCUACACAGUCUAUACAUAAAUCGUUAACAUCAUUAAGACAAGGUAGUGUUAUAUUAAUAAGUGAUGACAAUUUUGAAUCUCAUGCAUAUACUCCUUUUAAAGAAGCUUACUAUACACAUAUGUCAACUUCUCCAAAUUAUCAAAUUCUAGCAACGUUAGAUGCAGGAAGAGCUCAAAUGGAGUUAGAAGGUUAUGGUUUGGUAGAGAAACAAACUGAAGCUGCGUUUUUAAUAAGAAAAGAAUUAAGUGAAGAUCCAAUGAUAUCUCGGUACUUUCGAAUUUUAAAUGCAGAGGAUUUAAUUCCAGAUAGUUUGAGACAAUGUGCUGUUUCUUAUAUGAAAAGAAAAAAAAAAAUCAUCAAGGAAUAUGAUUCAUCCGAUUCUAGGUGUAGUGCGAACGUUACUUAUUCUUGUGUGUCCAAUAACAACACAAGAGGAAUUGUAGAUCCAUCCGACAGUGGUAAGUAUUAUCUCUCAGGUGAGCAGAACGUCGUUCACAGUGUGAAUGCUUCGUCGUUCGAAUGUGUUAGGGGUACAAAUGGAGCCACAAAUAGCAACCACACAAACAACAGUACUACGAGUAAUAACCGUGCGAAUAGCCCUGCGCGCAACUGCCAUGUGAAAAGCCCCACGAGCAAUUACCACACGAACAACUGCCCAACAUCAAUCCAUAUCGGAACUAGCGUUAUGUUAUCAAACACUAACAGCAACAACAUCGUGCAAGGGAACAACAACAAUAACGUCAAGUCCAGUAAUAACAGUCCACGGAGUGCUUUAAACGGAGUAGCAGCAAAAAGUACGGAGAUCGUUGAAAGCUAUACAAGUUGUAAUAUAUACAGUGAAGACUCCGAUUACCAGAAGGUGAGCAAGUCAGGAAAUAUAAAAAGAUAUAUUAAAAAAAAGAAAAAUCAAAAUUGUAGGGAAGCACCAUGUGUAUCUUACGAUGGUAGUAAUUUUAGCGGUGCAAAUAGCGAAAAUUGCGAAAAUUGCGAAAACAGCAAAAAGAGCCGAAACAGCCGAAACAGCCAAAACAGCCGAAACAGCCGAAACAGCCAAAACAGCCAAAAUAGCGAAAACGAAAAUUUAAGUUUCUUAGAAAACAGCAAUAACAAAAGGUACAACAACAGUUAUGGUUACUCAAGUGGACUGAAAAAUUUUCUGGAGUAUUUCGAAUGCUCUUGGUUAAGUGAAGAUGAAUUUGUGUUAGACCCAACAAGAAUAACGUUAUUUACAGGAUACUCAGGAAUAGAUGGAGAAACAUUUAAAGUAAAGUGGUUAAUGGACAAAUAUGGAAUUCAAAUAAACAAAACUUCAAUAAAUAGUGUAUUAUUUCAAACAAAUAUAGGUACAACUGGAUCAUCUUGUUUAUUUUUAAAAAGUUGUUUAUCAUUAAUAUCUCAAGAAUUAGAUCAAAAAAAAAGUUUAUUCAAUGAAAGAGAUUUAAAUCAAUUUAAUGAAAAUGUUUUUAAUUUAGUUUCUAAUUAUAUAGACUUAUCCGAAUUUAGUGAAUUUCAUCCUCUAUUCAAAAAAAGAUAUACUGAUCCUAAAAUUUUUAAUAAAGAAGGAGAUAUAAGAAAAGCUUUUUAUCUAGCCUAUGAAGAAGAUUAUGUUGAGUAUAUAUUAUUAUCUGAUUUAAAGGAAAGAAUAAGACAAAAUGAAAUGAUAGUGUCUGCUAGUUUUAUUAUACCAUAUCCUCCAGGUUUUCCUGUAUUAGUACCUGGACAAAUUGUUAGUCAAGAAAUAGUUGAUUAUUUAUCUGGUUUAAGUGUUAAAGAAAUACAUGGGUAUGACGAAAAUAUUGGUUUUCGAUGUUUUUAUAAUUUCGUUUUAGAGUAUUUUUACAAUAUGGUCAUAUCAGAUCCCUAUUCACUCUACCAAAAAAUAGACAAAGAGACUUAUGAAAAAUUAAAACAUAUGAGCUUAAGUAAAAGGAAAAGUUUAGAGAGUGUUUGUUACCUAUAUAUAUACGACAAUGAAUCGAAUAAAAUGAAGAAGGUUUAUCUGUGUAGCGGAAACGUCUCUACUGAAAAUAAUACGAUCGUUAGUGAUACCUGCGAUGAGAUUACCCAAAACCACGCCAGAAGGAGUUAUAACAAGAAGGGUAAACAGACUUCCAUUUAUGAAAAUUUCAGCAAGUCCGCACAGAACGCGGGUAAUGCUAGCGGAGUUGGCAAUGUUAGCGGCAAGAUUGGAAACAUUAUCUAUGGUGAUAAUUUUAACAACUGUGCAAAUGGGAAAGAUAUAUGCCAUCACUUGUACGGGAAGGAAGAGGAGGGAUUCUUUGAUGUAAAUGAUGAAAAUGCAUUUGGUAAUGAUGUUUUACAUCUUAAUCAUUAUGCUAUUAAGAACCCACUUAAGAAAGGAACAACAGAAACUUUUAUAAAAAAAACAUGUAAUCAGAAAUCGUCCUGGAAAGAGAAGAUUACGGAUAAGUAUCACGGCACUCCGAAUGGCACGAGAAGAGAUAAGCAUAAUGUCUUAUCAAGUAAGAAGAAGGAAAAUGGGCGAAAAUGUAAGGGCAUUCAGGUAAAUAAUAAUAAUAAUAAUAAUAAUGUCAUUCUGAUAAAUUCAGAAAGUUAUGAUCAUGAUCAGAAAGUUAUAGAUUUGGUUGAUACGCCAGAAAAGAGUAAUAAGAAUUAUGAAUGCCAUGAACAUGAUGGCAGAGAUAACGACGAUGAUGACGACAGACACAGUGGUGGAGGCAGUAAUUACAACAGAGACAGUAGUAAUAACAGCCAUAAUGUUGAUAGAAAGAGAUAUGUCGUUGGAACUGACAAACAUAGUGGUAGUAGUAACACUCAUAACGUUGGAACUGACAAACAUAGUGGUGGUAGUAACACUCAUAACGUUGGAAUUGACAAACAUAGUGGUGGUAGUAACACUCAUAACGUUGGAAUUGACAAACAUAGUGGUGGUAGUAACACUCAUAAUGUUGGAACUGACAAACAUAGUGGUGGUAGUAACCCUCAUAACGUUGGAACUGACAAACAUAGUCAUAGUGGUAGUAGUAAUAAUAAUAAACGGAGCUUGGAACGGAAAAAAAAAAGAAAUGAGGGGAAUUAUAUGUCGUUAUCAUACAAAGCAAAUAUUUAUGGGCACAAAGUCGUCUUUAAUAGGGGGAAUAAUAAUAACGAUGAUGCUAAUGUUAAGGCUUAUAAUGAGAAAGAUGGAAAAGGUGGUGAGAGGAAUAACAACUGUACUUUUUAUGAUAAGAAUGUGAAUGGAAUGAACAGGGAGAGAAGCUUGAAGAACAUAAGUUACAUGAGUAACAUUAGCGAGAUUAGAGGUAUGAAUAAUGUAAACAAUGUGAGGAGAAAAAACAGAAUAGAUGAGGGAAAGAACAGAAAUAUUAAGGGAACAGAUGAUAGUGACUACCUCCUAAGUGAGGUCACUGCUAAUAUGAGCAAGAACAUAGGUCCCAUAUCAGAUAUAUAUUCUUUAAAAAAAAUUAGCAAAUUAAAUAGGAGUGAUGAUGGGAAAUAUGAAAAUAGUCUGUCUGAUUAUGUUCCUAAAUUAAAAUCAUCGAAUAUUGUUAUAUAUAAUAAAGUAAAAAAAAAUGCUUUACUAAUGGGACGAAAACAUAUGUCUGAUGGGAAAUCAAGGAAUAAUCAUCAUAGAAAGAAUAGUCAUAUGAACCAAAAGAGUAAUAAAGAUUAUGUAUAUUAUUCAGAUUCAAGCAAGAAAAUAAAUGAAAUCAUAUAUAUGAAGCGUCAAGAUGGAGACUUGACUGAGGAAAAUGCAAUUGUGAAGGAAAAUUUAAAUGAGCUCAACAGCAAUCUGUUCUACUCAAAUGGCACAGGAAACAAAGGGGGGGAUAUUAAGGGUCCAGAAAAGAACAGUAGUAAUAACAGCGGUACGUUGAGCGGUACUAACAAUGGCAAUAACAGCAAUUCUAGCAUCCAGAACUUUGCUAAUGUCAAUGAAAAGGCAGGUGGAAUAACGUUCACCACUCCUAACAUAGUGGCAGAUGAAUAUUGCGAUAAAAAAGAAAUUCCUAUCAAGAGAGGUAAUAAUAGCGGUGAUAAUAACGGCCUUAAUAGCGGCCUUAAUAGCGGCUAUAACAGCGGACAUAAUGGCGUCCAUAAUAGCUGCAACGACAGUAGCAACAAACCGAUAAUAAACGAAGGCACCGGUUACAAUAACAGUUAUCAUUCUGACCAGGAUGCAAAUAAAAGCAAUGAAGAGAAGUACAAAUCAAACGGACUCAUUCGCCCGAACAACCUAGAAAGAAAUAUUAUUUUAGGAAAUGAAAUAAUAGUAGAAAAAGAUAAUAACUUAAGCUAUCGUAAUAUAUCGGGGCAUAAUUUAAACGAAACAAAUAGCUAUGUGUACGCAAAUGAUGGGACUAUUGCUGAAGGACACUAUGGUAAUAACAAUAUGGCAAGAGGUAGUAAUAUCGGCUGCAGUGACGAUAUUGAAGGAAGUGAAGAUAUUGAAGGAGGUGAAGAUAUUGAAGGAGGUGAAGAUAUUGAAGGAGGUGAAGAUAUUGAAGGAGGUGAAGAUAUUGAAGGAGGUGAAGAUAUUGAAGGAGGUGACGAUAUCGAAGGAAGUUAUAAUAUUAGAAGCAGUAGCAACAUCUACAUGGGUAACAGUAACGCUAUUAGUGAUGUUGCCCAAGUGAGUGGGAGCGUGAAUGACGCUAACAUAAGUAACUUAAUGGGUCACGUGAAAGACGAGAUAGGUUUUUGUGGAAAGAAUUUUCUUUAUAGUGAAAAUGAGCUUAAAAUGAACGCAUUAUUGAGGGAAGAAGAGAAGGAUAAAAGUACUAUACGUAACUUAAACACUUUAAAUAAUAACAGCUAUAUAAAUAAUCUUAUUACAAAUGUAGAUGAUGAUACAUUUAUUCAUAAAGAAGGAAAUUUUUUUUUAGAAUGUACCCUCACCAAUUCAGAAAUGAACUGUAGCUCAUUUGAAAUGGACAUGUCACUAAAUAAUAUAUACCCCAAUGGAGGUGAGCAUGUAAAGCAGCACAGAAAAUAUGACGACGACUUGAAGAAGGAAUUUUAA